GUAGAUUUUUGGGUCAUAUUAAGUAAAUCCUUUCUUGUAUUCCAGAGUGUGGAGAAAUUAUUAGAUGAUGCCAUUUCUACCACAUCUCAGGACUUGGACAGAAGGCAAACUGUAAUCAAGCAAAAAGCUUUAAUGCACAGGCUUACCCAAAUAUCAAACAGGUUAGAACGGUUAGAAGCCCUGUUGAAAUCUGGUGGAAGGGACGGUAUUUGUGGAGAUGUUGUCAGCGAGGACUCUGGUUCAGGAGAGGGUGACCUUGUGGAUCGUUUAGCUGCUGAAGUAAACCACCUCAACUUUUUGGUGUCUCACUGUGAGGGUGCAGCACUUCUUGAUGUCUGUAAACCAAGAGUUGCUGAAGUGUGUCAGUAUGUGGAGCAUGGCUUAGAGCGUGGUCUUCGAGAAGGAGUCUUGAAUAAGGAUUUGUCUGUGCUCAGACAGACAUUACAUACAUAUGCAAGCUUGGGAAGUGUUAAUCAUGCACAUCACCUUGUCAGAGAGCUAAUAAGAAAAGAACUGGAAGAUUAUAUAGUGAUACCAUUUUAUUUUUUUUUGUUCUUCAUUGCUGAAAUUUCUUUUAUCAGGUCAGAUAAAGUAAGGGGCUACAGCUUCUUGGAACGUUCUGCAUGGCCUGAAAUUGUCACAGCUUUAGAGACUGGCACACAGCAUAUUUUUAAUCCUGGAAACCCUACCACAUUUCAUCAAAGAUACCUAGAAACAAUAGAAUUCUUAGAGUCCUUUGAAAAGCUGCUUGGUUCUAAAGCCAAGAUAAUGGCUUUUCGGGAAAUGAUUGAAUACAAGAGUUUUAUGGAACACUGGAACCUUCCAGUGUACUUCCAGAUAAGGUAUCAAGAAAUUGGACAGGUAGCAGAAUGCAGCUUAUGCCAGGAUGGUGAUGGUCUUGCCCAGUUGGGAUUUAACAGCAAUGGAGACUUUAUUUACGUAUCUUCUCAAAUUAUAUGGGAUAGCAUUUUGAAGUGUUUCUCAGCCGAGGUGUUUCUUCCACCACUCCUCCAUCGUUUCUGGAAGCUCAUGUUGCUUGUUCUCUCACGCUACCGUACUUGGAUCAUAACCACAACAGAUCAACUAAAGGUACAAUUAUAAUUUUGGGGACAUUUG